ACGACGUUUCAACCUGCCACUGUUCGUGCUGUUCUCAGUUGGGUGUGAAUCGUAGCAUCCUAGAUUUUGAAAGGGUGGAAUGUAAAUCCGAAGAAGGAAAGCAAUGAAUGAAGCAUCCGAUAAUAUUGUUCUUCAAGAGAAAGAGCUCAAGCCUUGAGGCCUCUGUAUUUCAUUUUUCUCUGAGAAACUGAGCGAGAAAGCUCGAGAAAGAGAGAGAGAAAAUAUAAAAGGAGUCGAAUCUGAAGUGCCAAAUGCCUUUUUAUUUUCUUCCUUUUUGAAUAUUCAAACAUGGCAGACGAUCUCUGUUUCUUCACCAAGGAUUCCUUCGUCUUCAAGGCUCCUAAGAAAUCUCCAUUGGUGUUGAGGAUGAUUGUUUUGGUGUUUGCAAUGGUUUGUGGGGUUUAUAUUUGCUCGAUCUGUCUAAAGCAAAUUAGCACCACAGCCACAGCUGGGUUCCUAAAUGUCCAAUUGACUGAAAGGCCGUGCGAGAAGCCUAAUGUUGAACCAUCAGAAGUUCGUUAUGUGCACUUCCCGAAACCCAUAUCCUAUAGCAGGGCUGAAUGUGCAUGCAAUCCUGUGCGAUAUUUUGCCAUCUUAUCAACACAAAGAUCUGGGAGCGGGUGGUUUGAGACCUUGUUGAAUAGCCAUAUCAACAUUAGCUCAAAUGGAGAGAUUUUCUCUGUUAAAGUUAGAAGGAGCAAUAUUUCUUCAAUCACAGAAACUUUGGAUAAAAUCUAUAAUCUAGACUGGCUCAGUAGCGCUUCCAAGAAUGAGUGCACAGCUGCCGUUGGGCUGAAGUGGAUGCUUAAUCAGGGAUUGAUGCAGAAUCAUAAAGAGAUAGUAGAAUAUUUCAACACGAGGGGUGUUUCACUGAUUUUCCUCUUCAGAAGAAAUCUGUUGAGGAGGAUGAUUUCAAUGCUUGCCAAUUCUUAUGAUCGAGAAGCCAAGCAACUAAAUGGAACACACAAGUCUCACGUACAUUCACCUCGUGAGGCUGAGAUACUUGCCCAAUAUAAGCCAUCGAUCAAUGCAACUUUGCUGGUACGGGAUCUGAAGCAAGUAGAAGAUACAGUUGCCAAAGCUUUACAGUACUUCAAUAGCACCAGACACACAAUUUUCUACUAUGAGGAUGUGAUAAAAAACCGCACGAAACUGGUUGAUGUUCUGAACUUUCUUAAAGUUCCACAAAGGGAUCUUAGGAGUCGCCAAGUGAAGAUACAUAAAGGGUCGUUAUCUGAACAGGUCGAGAACUGGGAUGAAGUCCUAAAGACUCUCAAAGGAACCCAGUAUGAAAGCUUCCUCCACGCUGAUUAUCAAAUAUGACUUCACCAAAUCUGAGCUUGAGCCCCUGUGACAAAUGUAAAUAGCACAUUCUCUGUCCUAAUUAUUUAUUUUCCAGUCACAGGAGCCAAACACCCAGCAGGACACACCCUGUCGAAAUUUUGUCUGCAGCACUUUCAUGUGUUGCCUUGCCCCCUAGCUUCUGUUUUCCACGUCCCAAUUAUUAUUCAAUUGAUUCAUUUUUUUUACCUACUUUUCAUGGAUGGACUCUGGUUUUUCUUCCACCUAAUCCUCAGAGAAAGUUCGUUUACAUUUCCUG